CAGCUCCCGGCAUGCAGCGCGCUGACACGUCGCCAUGUUGACAUGCAGGUAGAGCGAGACUUGUGGAAAGAAGUUUUCACUUCCCUUUAAAUUCUCUCAACUAGCGCUGGACAAAGACUCGAUCACUUCUCUAUUGCUUCUUCAGUAUCUGAUACGUCUUUGCAAGCGAUAUUGUAAGUAUCCCACCCGGUUUUAGCUCUGGAUAUAUUUAUUUUGGCAUGUAAACAGACGCUGAGUUUUGACGGAAGGAAGGUUUUGCGGCUGCACCUGUGAACGCCCCCCUCCCCCCUACAUCAGCUGACAGCUACCUGUACAAACCUGGUAGUUAGUCAACCUUUGCCUAACCACAGAGACGUUUGGAUGAGAGAGGACGUCAGCAUGAUUUGCGCCCGUCGUGGCCAGGGGAAAUGGCAGACACUGGUGUUCGUGUUGGUGCUAGUCGGGUUUGGGUACGGUGUUUACGAGUACAACCAGCUACAGAUCAGACAUCAACACGCCGAGCAUAGGUCCCAGAAAUACCAGUCACAACAGGAGUCACUCUCCGCACAGCUACAAGUUGUCUAUGAACAUCGGUCAAGACUGGAAAAAUCUCUACAGAAGGAAAGGAACGAGCACAAGAAAACAAAAGAAGAAUAUGAACAGAAGCAGAUUAAUCAGAACAGCAAGAAGCAGAAAACAGAUAUGAUUCUCUGA